CCCCGCUCCCAAACUGCGGCUGUCUGUAGUUCCGGCCACGCGACGCCGGGGGCGGAGUCUCCCCACAGUCGUGGAUGCCUCCAAGACAUAGUGCCAAGGGCACUGCAGCAAGGCCUUCCUGUUUUUCUCCUCCAAAACGGUAACUUCUCGUCAGUCAGUACUUUGUUUUCUGGAUUAUGUGACGUAAGACCGUGCUUAUCUCAACUAUUUGGCUCUCGCCUAGCCGGCUUGAUUCUGAAGACAAGAGUUCACGCCUGUCUUGUCCUCCGCUCCCGAGCACAUAACCGGGUUUUCAGAAUGGCCGCGGCUCCUCAGGCGCCGGGGAGGGGCUCUGUUCGGAGGACGAGGCCUUUACCCGUGAAGACCUCGCUGAACAACCCUUACACCAUCUGCUGGAGUGCCCUGGACAGAGACGACAUGCACUUCAUACUACAGACGCUCCAAGACAGGUUCCAGUCUCUUGGGCUUCGGAAGAUUGAGGACAAGAAGAGAAAGAAAAAGCAGUUUUUAAAAAAACAAAGCCCAGACCAGCGUGGUGCAGAGGCUGAAAACAGCGAGGACCCGAAGGAGCAACCCCCAGAAGGUAGUGAGCAGGGGUCAGGGUGGACCCCUGCCGACGUCAGGAGGCAGCUGGCCAUCGGCGUGAACGAAGUCACCCGAGCGCUGGAAAGGGACAGGCUGCAGUUGGUGCUGGUGUGCAAGUCGGCCAAGCCCGCCCGCAUCACCUCGCACCUGAUUCAGUUAAGUCUGAGCCGGGCGGUUCCCGCUUGCCAGGUUCCCCGGCUCAGCGAGAGGCUGGCACCGGUCAUUGGCUUAAAGUGCGUCCUGGCCUUGGGGUUCACAAGGACCGCCUCCGCGUUUGUGACUGAAGUCACAGCCAUCAUUCCCCGAGUGCCCCCCUUACACGUGCCCUGGCUUCAAGGCAGACCCGAGGACUCCGGGGAAAACUUAGACACUGCGUCCUCGGGAGGCCAAGACGGAGAGGUUUUGGAAACGUCCCUUGAAGACCUCUCUAAACAUAAAAGAAAGGCCGUUGAAGGUCGGCAGGCUGUGGUGUUACAACCCCUUAAAAUAAAGAAACUGAUUCCAAACCCCAAUAAGAUACGGAAACCACCCAAAGGCAAAAAAACUACUUCAAAGUAAUCUUGUAUAAACUUGUCAUUUUGCACAGUUGUAAGAUGACCCUUUACAAAGAAGCCUUGAAACUAAUAAAUGCGUUAUUUUUACGUAUA